AUGAGUAACCGCCAUCUGCCGGCUGGGCAGAAUAUACAGGGAGGGGCUGGAGGAGUUCACAACGCCGACCAUAUCGGCGGUUCAGGAGCGUCUCGCCGGAGGCAGCCUCCUCCCUUUGUUCCGCAAUACCAGCAGCAGCAGCAACAGCAACAGUACCAUCACAACCAGCAGAUGAACCACAUGUAUCCCUAUAUGAACUACGGACAGCAGCAGUACUAUGGAUACCCGCAGCAGUACCAAGGGGGACAUUACCAGAAUGCACAGUAUCCCGGUGUGCAGUACCAAGGUGGACAAUACCAAGGUGGACAGUUCCAGAGUGGACAAUAUCAGAACGCACAGUACCAGAACGGUGGCAUGCCCUCGCCAGGGUAUAAUAUGCCUUACCAGCACUACGCACGAUCACCGCCUGCUAUGAACCAAUUUGUUCCCGUUCCCCUGGCUGGCGUGAGUGCCCCUUCGAGCUACCCUCCUCGUCCUGCUCAGCAGCAGUCUCCUGCUCUAUCGACUCCCUACCAACCUCCUACCUCGAUUCCAAUUCCGGCUCAUACUCCCAACUCCAUCCAUUCGCCGCAGAAGUUACUCCCUCAUACCCUCCCGGUACCGCAGGAAAUCGAGCCUGCUCCUCCUACUCCUCCUGCUCCUGUUGAACCUACCAGAGAGCCUACGCCCCCUCCGGCGGCCAAGGAACCUUUCCGUGCACCUCUACCAUGGCUAUCUCAUCCUCACUUGGAGUUCCCUGCGAAAACCACAAAGUCGAGACGAAGAAGGAGGCAUCUCAAUGCCGAUAGUCAGGCAGUCUCUCUGCCGAUUGAACAACAGCAGGCCAUUACAGAGCAUGCCAACGGUCCUGAAGCUAGCUCUACCGAGCCCUCUGUGUCGGUACUUACCCCAGCGACAUCGACUGCUCCAUCUGAAGUUGCAGCGACCCCUCGGCAGGGUUCCGAAACCGCAACUGCCCCUCCCCAGCAACGGUCACGUACCAACACUGCCACCAGCGCUACCUCUACCGCAACAAACCGGCCUGCCACACGCACCUCCGCCGUUCCGGUUCCUGCUCUUCCGUCUCUUCCUAAGGCUAACACUAAGGAUGCUAAGCCUGUGGAAGCUGAAAAGCCGGCCAAUGGUGACGUAGCGACUGAGAGUGCCCCUGAAGAAGCGACGGUGUCUGAACCUUCUGAGAAGCCAGCUGAGUCUGAGUCAGCUGCUACUGAACCUGCUCCUGCUGCCAGGGCUCCGCCUUCAAGCUGGGCGAAACUCUUCUCGAAGCCCGCUUCUGCGGCUGCCGCAAAGUCUGAUGUGGCCAAUGGUGCUGUUCCUGUCGAUACUGCCGUCAAUGGCCAUAGCACCAAUGGUAUCGUUGGAGCCCCGAACGGUUCUGCGCCAAGCUUCUCCAAAGCUAACGCCAACUCUGUUGCGGAAGCUAUUAACUCGUUCCAAGUUGGUCUUGCCGAUGAGGUUUCGUUCCUCGAGCCCCGUGGAUUGAUUAACACUGGAAACAUGUGUUACAUGAAUUCUGUUUUGCAAGUUUUGAUGUUUUGCCUUCCAUUUUAUGAUUUCCUGAGCCAGAUCAGCAAGCGUGCUGUCCACAGCUUCAAGAGUGAUACUCCUCUCAUCGAUGCUAUGAUUUUGUUCAUGCACGAAUUCAAAGUCAUUAAGUCCGCAGAUGCAAUUGACGCUCUACGGACCAGCCUGAAGAACGAGGAGUUGGAGCAUUAUGGAGAGCCUUUUGUUCCUACUUACAUAUACCAAGCCAUUAAGCAGUUUACUCGCUUUAGUAGUAUGGAGCGGGGCCACCAGCAAGAUGCUGAGGAGUUUCUUGGUUUCCUGUUGCAGUCUCUUGACGACGAAUGCACGACAGUUCUUAAGAACUCUGCUCUGCCUGAACAGUCGGAGCGAAGAGCCAGUGUCGGUUCCGGUGCUGCUGGUGCUGAUGAUGAUUGGCUUGAAGUUGGCAGGAACCAAAAGGCCGCUGUCUCUCGAUCUUCAGGUUCCAACUCAUCCAGCCCUAUUACAAGAAUCUUUGGAGGUUUGUUGCGAUCUGAGCUACGAAUCCCAGGCCGAAAGGACUCUAUUACCACUGAGCCCUACCAGCCUCUCCAGCUGGACAUUGGGUCACCAGAUGUGCGCAACGUUGUGGAUGCCCUUCGUAGUCUUACUCGCUCUGAGCGUGUUCAGGGUGAUUUCAACCCAGCCCGUGGCAAAGACGUCGCAGCCACCAAGCAAGUUCUGAUCGAUUCGCUCCCACCUGUUCUCAUCUUGCACCUCAAACGCUUCCAAUUCGACACAGAAGAGAAGGGAACGGUCAAGAUUUGGAAGAAAAUCGGAUACCCAUUAGAGCUUGAGAUCCCUCGUGAGGCUUUGUCUCGGCAGAAACGCCAGACGUACGGCGAAGAGGGAAUGCCCAAGUAUAAACUGAUUGGUGUCGUAUACCACCACGGAAAGAACGCCAGCGGUGGACACUACACUGUUGACGUGCGUCGUCAAGAAGGACGUGAAUGGAUUCGUAUUGAUGAUACCGUCAUUCGCAGAGUUCGAAGUGAAGAUGUCGCUGAGGGCGGCGAAGAGGAGGAUGUGAAGGACACACGUGAGGGUCCUGUGUCUGGUGCUCCUGGCAAUCGCUUCGGUGCCGUCCUGGGCGAGGAUGCCGGAGACGAUGAUGGAUGGAGCAAGGUGACGGCCACUGCCGGAGGAGUAAAGAAAUGGAGCAGCGUCGCCAAUGGGGCCGGUAACGGCAUUACCAAGGCCAAACAGGUGAAGGACAGCAUCAAGGACAACAAGGUUGCCUACCUGCUAUUCUACCAGCGAGUGUAA